UUUUUCAUUUUCGAUCUAAAACAGAAUCUAUUCAUCCAGCAGAAAUCCUCAACAAUACAGUGAGCCGAUCGAUCAAUGGUGGGGAGAGAUGUGGAGAAGAUGGUGGCAGUAGGGCUCGUUUGGGGCGCCACUAACGCCCUCAUGCGCAAAGGCGCAAUCUUAUGGGACCAAGCGCUCAAAUCAGCGCCCCAAACAAACACGCCUCUGCUCCACAAGUGGCUCAAGCUCCUCUUGAUUUGGCAGUACACUCUCCCAUUCGUAGUAAAUCUGUCGGCCUCGGCCACUUUCUUCGCAAUAUUGAGCGACUCGCCGAUUUCUGUAGCUGUGCCCGUCACCAACGCCACUACUUUUGCUGCCACAGCUGUUUUCGGGAUCAUUCUCGGCGAAGAAACCCGCGUCGGGCUCGCGCUGUUUGGUACCUGUCUCAUUGUAUUAGGUGUAUGUAUUUCGAUCAUGUGAUUAUCUUUCGAGGAUUUGGGCUGUUUUAAUUGCCUUUUGGACUUGUGGAGUGGUGAAUGCUACGCGUUUGUUGAAAUGCUUGUGUGGGUAUGAGAAUUGGGGGUUUUGGAUUAAUAGUUAAAGAGCACUGCUAUUGAUUAUUAUAUGGAAGUGCUACUGUGGGAGAAUCCUGCUUGACGUUAAUGCUGCUUGUAUUUCCCAAAUUUGCAGUUAUUGAAGUACAUAAAUCUAGUCUAGCUAA